AUGUCUUCUCAAAAUCACACUCUGCCUCCUCUGCCCUAUGCCUACGAUGCGUUGGAGCCCGUUAUCUCUAAGCAGAUCAUGGAGCUGCACCAUCAGAAGCAUCACCAAACAUACAUCAACAACCUGAACGCAGCACUCUCCGCUCAAGCAUCUGCUACUACAUCAAAUGAUGUCCCUACCUUGAUUGCGUUGCAACAAAAGGUCCGUUUUAAUGGAGGCGGUCACAUCAAUCACUCCCUGUUCUGGAAGAACCUGACCCCCCCUGGCACACCUGGAAAUGACAUCGGCGGUGCACCCGCUCUGCGCGAAGCAAUUCUCUCCCGCUGGGGCUCGCAUGAAGCCUUUGUCAAGGCCUUUAGCACCGAGUUGCUCGGUCUUCAAGGAAGUGGAUGGGGAUGGCUAGUGAGCAAGGGUGGUGCUAAGGGACGACUUGAGAUUGUUACAAGCAAAGAUCAGGACCCUGUCAAUGGACCUGAUGUGCCUGUAUUUGGUGUGGAUAUGUGGGAGCAUGCCUACUACCUCCAGUACCUGAACAACAAGGCCGGUUAUGUCGAGGGAAUUUGGAAGAUCAUCAACUGGGCGGAAGCAGAGAAGCGCUACACUGCUGGUGUCGAGAACCCACUGAAGCUGUAA